GCAAAACCUCCUCCUCCACCACCAGCACUGGCCGGGAAUUAAGAUGCAUGAAAUGGUGGGACUUAGUGUAAUAUUGGAAAACUACAGGGACCAAUCUGCAAAGAAAGCUCCACAGUUAGUGAUGAGCAGCAGCAGCAAAGGAAGCAUCAUGAUAAAGUUACCAGCUGUAGCACCCUCCUCUCCUGGUUUUGUAAGAAGGAAAAGCCUAUGUAGUAGUUCAGCUGCGUUUCUUGAUCAUUGUUUCCUCUGCAAGCAGAAGCUCUUGCCUGCCAAAGACAUCUACAUGUACAAAGGGGACAGGGCAUUUUGCAGCGUGGAGUGCAGGUGCAGGCAGAUGUUCAUGGACGAAGAAGAGACUAACACUACCACUGCAAAGAGUGGUUGUACCACGAGAGAGUACAACUGCUCAUUGGCUGCCAUGAAACCACCACCGCAACUGCCCACCACCACCACCACUUCUUCCCGCAGUGGCAAAGGCCCAGGAAAUUCCUUUUCUACCCUUGCUACAUUUUGUAUAUGACCUUUUCAUUUUAGUCCUCUUCCACCCCCCCCCCCCUCUCCGAGUAGUUUUGUCAUUUCACUUAUGUGCAAUUUUCUUGUCAUCUUUUUGGAUGGUCGGAUUGGAUUUUUGGUUUUAAAUAAUGUAGUAUUGUCUAUUCCAUUUAAUAUAUGCAUGCCAUGUAUAUAAAAAAAAAUAAAUAAAAUAAAUGACAUCAUUUUUGUAUACAUGGCAUGUAUAUAUAAAAUGGAAUAGACAAUGCAAAAAUAUUGAGAAUAGUUGGUCAUAUGUAUCUUUAUGAGUACGUAAGCGUGUAAAUACGGGUUAAAUGUAUUUUUGAUCCUAUAGAUUAUGUUAUUUGACGUUUUUGUCC